AUGGAGACUGAUGUUCGUUACACGUUUCUGGACAUCCUGGAUCAUCUCCCGUCAGAGCUGAUACGAAGUCUUUGGACAAUUCAAGGUCUGGGACUCCGCGAAGAUGAGAAUCGCACCUUUGUCAAUCGAGAAGCUAUCAAAGAAGCUCAGCACAUUCAGAGGUCAAUUCAGCAACAUAAAGAGCAGCUGGAGUUUCAAAAACAAGAAAUGCUAGAAAUGGCAGCAAUUCAAUCGCGCUAUUUGGCUCAUGAAGGCGCAAUGGGACUCAAGGCCAAAUCUGCCAAAACGCACGCCAAGGCAACGCCUGCUCCAGCGCCUUUGAAAGUCAAAAUUCACCUCAAGCCUAGCCAUUCAAAUGAACCAGUAUAUUGUCAUUGCCGUGACGUUUCCCACGGCCAAAUGAUCGCCUGCGAUAAUAGAAGAUGUCCUACAGAAUGGUUCCAUUAUUCGUGUGUAGGACUGACUCACGCACCCAAGGGCAAAUGGUAUUGCAGCGAGAGAUGUCAUCGUCAGGCUACGAAAAAACGGUUUACCAACAAAUAA